AUGUUGUCCACAGCACGAUCCAAAGGCUUCAGCCAAAUCCUUACCUCUACGGCCUCCAUCUCAAUCCCCUCAUUCCUCCUCCCCGCCUUCCCAAUCGCCUCUCGAUUCUUUUCCGCAUCAACAUGUCGAAACUCUCACAUUGGAAGUGAAUCAUUGACGAUUCCCCCCGAAGUAAAUUUCACAAUUAUACCAGCCCCUCCGCAGGCGAGAAACUCCGCGGUGGUGAAGAAACCGGUCGUUAACAUUAAGGGGCCGUUGGGGGAAAUAUCCAUGUCAAUUGAGUCAUAUAUUAAAAUCGAUCAUGAUGAGAAUACGAGGAAGGCAGUUGUCAGUGUGGAAGAUAAACUAGUAAAGAACCAAAGAGCCAUGUGGGGAACCACUCGCGCUUACCUCCAAAAUCAUAUCCUCGGUGUCUCUGAAGGUCACAAUGCCAUUCUCCGUCUCGUCGGUGUUGGAUACCGUGCCACUGUUGAACCUGCUUCCAAUGUAACAACCAAAACCCCCGAGUUCGAAGGCCAGCAAUUUGUGGUCUUAAAAGUAGGAUACUCUCAUGCUAUCGAAUUACCUGUCCCAAGAUUCGUGAAAGCGAGUACACCACAACCUACACGUAUAUUGUUAGAAGGGCCAGAGAAGGAAGUGGUAUUACUUUUCGCCGCACAAAUUAGAAAGUGGAGAGUGCCGGAACCGUAUAAGGGGAAGGGAAUCUUUGUUAAUGGAGAGGUGAUUAAGUUGAAGAAUAAGAAGAUUAAGUAG